AUGGUUACUCUAAUACUCUUUUUGCAGUCAUUGCUGGCACUUUUUUGCGUUAAGCCGGUUUUGGCUGUGUUUUCUGAUGAAGCUGGAGUUGUAGACUGGCACAGAAAAUCCCUGGGCCUUCUCAAAGCUUCUCCCGCACCUGAACUCUACUACUCGCAGCACAAGAGCGAUCAUGUCAUUGCUCGAAUCAACACUACUGAUGGAUCAAUUUUUUGGAGAAAACUCUUUUCAUUUGAAGCCAAUGGUCCUGCUACGCCUUUGUUAUUGUCAAAUUACCUUCCUGAAAAUGAAAAAGGUAUUUUGGUUGUUGGCUUUUCAGCCGAAGAGACAUGCAAACUUACCUCUUUUGAUGUUACGACUGGUUCGGUUGUUUGGGAAGUCACCGUAAACGGAAAUUGCAUUGAUAUCACAUUUGUUAAAGACUUUAAUGGUGUUUAUGCUCUUACCAGCUCUGCUCUUUACAAGAUUGGUUCUGUUGCUGGUGCAGUACUUGGCCAAUUUACUCCCGAACUCUUGCAUGAGCCAAUUGAGUUUGCGGCUCUUUCUGCUUCAGGCAUCAUUUUAGAAGACACUUCUGCCGGCUCUCUUUUGGAGUAUAAAUUUACUGAAGAACACUCAUCCCAAGUUAAACCCCAUAAGGACCCAUUUGCAUCGUCGCCUCUUGUUCUGGGACCUGGUAAAGUUGUUGCUUAUUCCGACGAUGGCCAUACUGUUUGGGAAGAGGAAAACAAAACUUCUGGUGAAGAUAUCAAACCUCCAACGGUUCAUCUUGACUCUAAGGGUGAACUUAAAUCAUCUUCUCCAGCUGAUGUAUUCUUCCUCAAUGGAAAGGUUGUUAUCACUGUUUCAAAUACCGUAAUUCAAGCAUACUCUAUUGAAACCUCGGAGCUUAUUUACACUAUUGACAAUGUUGGCAUUUUUUCAAAAAUUGAUGCCACUAAGUUCGCCAUUACCAAAGACUCUAAUAUUGAAAUUAUUGAUAUUAAAACUGGUGAUAUUGUUUCUAAACAACCAUUUGACCAGCCCAUUACUCUUAUUACACCCUCGUUUAUCCAAUAUGCCAACGGAAUUGUCAAGCCUCUAUCUGAUCAAUUCAAAUGGACUCGAGAUGAGAGUUUAGCUCACCUUGACGCUGCUCUUAUCCUUGAUUAUCCUGAUGACAGAAAAGUGAGCUUGGAUGUUAAGGAGGCUCUUUUAGAAGAGCAUUCAAAUAUUUAUGUUGCCUAUGUUCGACGCCUUUCUAGACAUGUCAGAGAUUUGCUUUGGCUUAUUAAGAAAAUUGCCGAAAAUCCCAAUGCAUUGUUUUCUUGGUCUUGGCUUAGCAGUGCUUCUAGUACAGAUGGCACUUCUGCCAAUGAUGCUUAUUUUGGAUUUAAAAAGUAUUUCAUUGCUAUUUCUCAGACUGGCCGUAUUCAGGCUUUGGAUUCAACUAAAAGUGGUGAAACUGUCUGGGUUAAGGACCUUUUGACCCCCCGAGCUCAUGGUAGCCCUAAAUUUUUGGUGACCAGCUUGGAGGAAAAGGUUACUGUUGUAGACCCUAGUACUAACAAAGUCAUUACUCUUGAUGGACUGACUGGUAACAUUUUGGAAGAAGCAACUGUUUUGCUUGAAAGUGACGAUUCUAUUAGUCGAAUUUUGACUCUUUAUCUUCCUGGUAUCCAGACAACUACUGAAGAAGAGGACAUUGAUUCUGUUACUGCUGAAGAAAAGACUGAAACGUCUGUGUUGCUUACCACUUCUGGUAAACUUUAUGGUCUUGAUGGACAAGUUUUUUCUAGCCCUGUUCCCAUUUAUAUCACUAAAACCCUCGAAGAUAAGUCUGCCCUUGUUGGACUUUUUGUUAAUGGCACCUCCAUUUCUCAAAUAUGGAGAUUUAAUGUCCCCUCAGAUCAUGUUAUACAGAAUGUGGCUUCCCGCCACGAACUGGAUUUCACUGUGAACAUUGGACAGGUAUUGAGUGAUAGAUCUGUUUUAUACAAGUAUCUUCAUAAUAAUUUGCUUGCUAUCACCGCUACAGGACCUGGUUCUCUUUACGUUUAUCUGUUAGAUAGCGCUUCUGGUCGUAUUCUACACUCCAAGCAUCACAAUACUGGCACCGGUAUUGACAAAUAUGCUGUUGAUGAAUACACUCAUUUGGUUGUUGGCGAAAAUUGGAUUGUCUACACUUAUUGGUCCACAAACCCGACAUUAGGCCAGAUUGUUGUUGUAUGGGAUCUUUACGAAUCUGAAAUUUCCAACCAGCGUACAAUGGCAAAGAAAAACAAAAAGGGUAAACUGGAGAGUGCACCUUAUUCAUCUUUUGACAACUUUGAGGAUCCCUUUGUCAAAUCACAAGCUUAUUACAUUCCCACGCAGCAUGCGCGUGUUACUGGACUUGGAAUCACCAGAACUCGUUACGGUAUCACGCUUCGCGAUGUGAUUGCAGCUACCUCCCGUAACCAGAUUCUGAGUUUGCCUAAGCGCGGAAAUUACUUGUCUGCGCGGCGACCUGUUGACCGCGACCCCACUUCAGCCGAAGCCUCUGAAGAAGGUAUUUCGCGGUACGACAGUCUGUUGCCAUACGACCCUGCACGACAGGUUCUAUCGCACACACGGCAAGUGGUCCGAGUAUCGACACUGUUAACAGUACCUACGGUGCUUGAGUCUACAUCAAUAGUCAUUGGCUAUGGCUUAGAUAUUUUUGGCACCAAGGUUGCUCCCUCAGGGCUAUUUGAUGUACUGACACCGUCGUUUGGCCGCGACAAACUAAUCUAUACUAUGGCAGCCAUGACAGGGCUAGCUUUAUACUUGAAGCCUUUAGUGGCUAAGAGAAAAACCAAUAACUUUUGGGGGAACUAA